UCGGCGUGAUUCAUCAGCGACGGCAGGCAGGCUGCGGGGUGCCGCGCACCGUCCCCGCAUAGGCACGGCCGCUUCGGGGACAGCUCCAGUGCCGCAUCGCGCUGCUUUUCCGUCUCCUCUAUCGUUGCCUGCACCUGUGCCCCCGCGGCGACGCGACGGGAAGGCAAGAUGGAAGAAAUCCUACGGAAGCUGCAGAAGGAGGCGUCGGGGAGCAAACACAGGGCCAUCAAGGAGAGCUGCACCUGGGCCAUCGAAACCUUGGAUUCUCCUGACGCUGCUAUCAAGAUACCUCCUUAUCAGCUAAGGGAGAAGUGUCUCCUUCCUCUCCAACUGGCUCUGGAAUCGAAGAGCAUGAAGUUGGCCCAGCAGGCUCUUGCGGGGAUGCAGAAGCUGCUGUCUGAUGAGAGGUUUGUAUCCGUGGAAACAGACUCGGAUGAGAAACAGUUGCUUAAUCAGAUGCUGAAUGCCGUCAAAGUGACUCCUUCGCUCAAUGAAGAUCUGCAGGUUGAAGUGAUGAAGGUCUUGCUCUGUAUAACAUAUACCUCCACAUUUGAGCUGAAUGGGAGCUCAGUGUUGAAGAUUGCUGAGGUUUGCAUUGAGACAUAUGUAUCUAGCUGUCACCAGCGGAGCAUUAACACCGCUGUGCGGGCAACCCUCAGCCAAAUGUUGAGUGACUUGACUUUACAGUUACGACAAAAGCAAGAAAAUAUGACAAUUGAAAAUAAUGAGACCCUGCAGAAAUUCAAAAGUCAAGGUACUUCAGCUGAGUCUCUUUGUGAUGAUGUUGUAUCUGUCCUCACUGUGCUCUGCGAGAAGCUCCAGGCUGUCAUAAAUGACAAUCGACAACUUCAGCUUCUUUAUUUGGAGUGCAUCCUCUCCAUGUUAAACAGCUCCUCUCCAACCAUGCACCAGCACAAAGGAUUCACUGAUCUGAUAUGGAAGCAACUGUGUCCAGCCCUAGUGGUAAUCCUGGGAAAUCCAAUCCAUGACAAAACUAUCACCUCUGCCCACAGCAGCAUCUGUCUAGAAGCUGAUUCACCUUCCUCAGGGGUCUCUGAUCAUGGCCGAGGUUCAGGCUGUUCAUCCACGGCACCUGCCCUCAGUGGGCCUGUUGCACGGACCAUAUACUAUAUUGCUGCAGAACUGGUUCGACUGGUGGGGACAGUGGAAUCCAUGAAGCCUGUGCUGCAGUCUCUGUAUCACCGGAUAUUGCUUUACCCACCACCUCAGCACCGAGUAGAAGCCAUCAAAAUUAUGAAGGAGAUACUUGGCAGUCCUCGGAGGCUUUGUGAUUUGGCAGGGCCCUGCUCUUCUGAGUCAGAAUCCAGGAAGAGGUCUAUUUCUAAAAGGAAGUCCCAUCUGGAUCUUCUCAAGCUUAUCAUGGAUGGGAUGACAGAAGCGUGCAUCAAGGGUGGUAUUGAAGCAUGUUAUGCUUCAGUGUCCUGCGUAUUCGCCCUGCUUGGAGCACUGGAUGAGCUAAGCCAUGGCAGGGGUCUUAGUGAGGAACAGGUCCAUCUGCUCCUCCGGCGCCUGGAAGAAUUGAAGGAUGGGACUGAGACAAGCAGGGACUCCAUGGAGAUCAAUGAUGCUGACUUCAGGUGGCAGAGGCGCAUUCUUUCCUCAGAAAAUCCUGCCUGGGAAUCAGGAAAUGAGAAAAGUCCUGAUAUUAGCAUUAGCGUUACCACAGACACUGGUCAGACUACUUUGGAAGGAGAUAUGGGACAGACAACUCCAGAGGAUAAUCUGGAAAGUCAAAAAAACUCACUGCCGUCUCCAGCUGGACAUGAAAGCAAAGAGAUUCAUUAUAGAGAACCAGAGUCAGAAACCAUUGACCAGCCAGAUGUUGUUCAGAGAAGCCACAACAUAGUCUAUCCAGAUAUAACUAACUUCUUAUCAGUUGAUUGCAAGACCCGGUCUUAUGGAUCCAGGUACAGUGAAAGUAACUUCAGUGUAGAUGAUCAGGAUCUUUCUAGGACUGAGUUUGAUUCAUGUGAUCAGUAUUCCAUGGCAGCAGAGAAGGAUUCUGGCCGGUCAGAUGUUUCGGACAUAGGCUCUGACAAUUGCUCCUUGGCUGAUGAGGAGCAGACACCACGAGACUGUCCAGGUACCAGGUCCUUACGUACUGCUGCUCUCUCUCUAAAGUUGCUGAAAAACCAGGAAGCAGACCAGCACAGCGCACAGCUCUUCAUCCAAUCACUUGAAGCUCUUCUUCCGCGGCUCAUAGCUCUACCCAGCAUAGAGGAGGUGGAUGCAGCACUGCAGAACUUCUCUUCAGCUUUUUGCUCAGGUACGAUGCACUCACCAGGAUUUGAAGGAAACCCAAAUUUCAGCUUCCAAACUCUGAUGAAUGCAGACAGUCUCUACAUGGUCUCUCAUUAUACUCUGCUGCUAAACCUGAAAUUGGCCAACUCAGAUUACUACAGGAAGAAGCCUCCCCAAGCUCCUGUGUUGCUGAAAGAGUUCAUGAAGCAGGUACAGUCCAGUGGAGUGUUGAUGAUAUUUUCCCAAGCCUGGGUUGAAGAACUGUACCACCAGGUACUAGAAAGGAACAUGCUAGGGGAAGCUGGAUACUGGGGAAGCCCUGAAGAACACAGCCUUCCACUUAUUACUAUGCUGACUGACAUCGAUGGCUUGGGAAGCAGUACGGUUGGUGGCCAGUUGAUGGCAUCUGCUUCAGCUCAAUCUCCUCUUUCCCAGAAUCAGAAGACAGAUGAUUCUGUUGUUGCAGGAGUUGCUUUUGCCCGAUACCUCUUAAUUGGCUGUUGGAAGAACUUGAUUGACACUUUGUCCACACCGCUGACUGGUCGCAUGGCAGGCAGCUCCAAGGGGCUGGCAUUCAUCCUGGGAGCAGAAGGAGCCAAAGAGCAGAACCAAAAGGAGAAGGACUCCAUAUGUUUGAGUCUGGAUGGACUGAGGAGGGCAGCCCGCCUGAGCUGUGCCCUAGGAGUUGCUGCUAACUGUGCAUCUGCUCUUGCCCAAAUGGCUGCUGCAUCCUGUGUCCAAGAAGAGAAAGAGGAAAAAGAAAUCCAAGAGCCCAGUGAUGCUAUAGCUCAAGUGAAACAGAAAGUGGAGCAGAAACUGGAGCAGAUGGGGAAAGUGCAGGGUGUCUGCCUACACACUGCUCAUGUUUUGUGUAUGGAUGCAGUCCUAGAUGUAGGCCUGGAGAUGGGAAGCCACAAUCAAGACUGCUGGCCUCAUGUGUUCAGGGUGUGUGAGUACAUCAGCACUCUGGAGCACACCCACUUCAGUGAUGGCACCUCCCAGCCCUGCCUUACCAUCACCCAGUCACAGCAGGCACCUGGAGGCCCACAUUCAGACACUGAGCUGGGAGAGACUCCUCAGGAACAGACCCCUGAGCAGGAGACCACCCUCAGCAGUAAUCCUGUCAUUCAGCCAGUUUCCAUCCAGGAGCUUGUCAAGGAGAGCAAUAAGGGCAGAGCUUUCGACUUCCGUGGAGGCAGCUUGCUGUGUGGGACCAGUGCUGCCAAGGCUGUUCUCACACUCUCCACACAAGCAGACAGGCUCUUUGAAGAUGCUGCUGAUAAGUUAAAUUUGAUGGCACUGGCAGGCUUCCUUUACCAGCUCAAGAAGGCUUCUCAGGCCCAACUUUUCCAUUCUGUCACAGAUACAGUUGAUUACUCCCUAGCAAUGCCAGGAGAAGUAAAAUCCACCCAGGACAGGAGAAGUGCACUUCACUUGUUCCGACUUGGUGAUGCCAUGCUCAGAAUUGUGAGGAGUAAAUCCCGCCCACUGCUCCACCUCAUGCGCUGCUGGAGCCUGGUGGCACCUCACCUGGUGGAGGCUGCCUGUCACAAGGAGAGGCAUGUGUCUCGGAAGGCUGUCUCUUUCAUCCAUGACAUCCUUACCGAAGUGCUGACAGACUGGAAUGAACCUUCUCAUUUUCAUUUUAAUGAGUCACUUUUCCGCCCCUUUGAGCGUAUCAUGCAGCUGGAGCUGUGUGAUGAGGAUGUGCAAGACCAGGUGGUCACCUCCAUAGGAGAGCUGGUGGAAAUGUGUUCUACCCAGAUCCAGUCAGGAUGGAGACCCCUGUUCAGUGCCCUGGAAACAGUUCACAGCGGCAAUAAGUCAGAGGUUAAAGAGUACCUUGUAGGAGAAUACUCUAUGGGGAAACGCCAGGCCCCAGUGUUUGAUGUCUUUGAAGCAUUCCUAAACACUGACAGCAUCCAGGUCUUUGCCAAUGCCGCCACCAGUUAUAUUAUGUGCCUUAUGAAGUUUGUGAAAGGACUGGGGGAAGUAGAUUGUAAGGAGAUGGGUGACUGUGUGCCAGGAUCAGGAUCAGCAUCUACAGACUUGUGCCUUCCCGCGCUUGAUUACCUCAGGAGAUGUUCUCAGUUGUUAGCCAAAAUCUACAAAAUGCCCUUGAAACCUAUUUUCCUCAGUGGCCGGCUGGUUAAUAUGCCCCGAAGAGUGCAGGAGCAGUCAGCCAGCAGUGAGGAUGGCAUUGAGUGCAUCCUUUCUGACUUUGAUGAUGACACUGGCCUUAUCAAUGUCUGGAUUAUUCUGCUGGAAGAAUUAACAACUGCCAUAUCCAACUGUCCCCGCCAGCACCAACCUCCAACUCUGGAUCUGCUCUUCGAAUUGCUGCGGGAUGUUGCCAAGACACCUGGCCCAGGAUUUGGCAUUUUUGCGGUUGUACAUCUUCUUCUUCCUACGAUGUCCCUUUGGCUCCAUCGCAGCCAUGGUGACCAUUCUUACUGGGAUGUGGCAUCUGCUAAUUUCAAGCAUGCCAUUGGCCUUUCCUGUGAACUCGUAGUGGAGCACAUUCAAAACUUCAUACACUCAGAUAUUGGUUAUGAAAAUAUGAUCAAUACUAUGCUAAAAGAUCUUUUCAAGUUGCUGGUCGCCUGUGUAGCAGAACCAACAGAAAUUAUUUCCAGAGUUGGCUGCUCUUGUAUCAGGUAUGUAUUAGUGACAGCAGGUCCUGUUUUUACUGAAGAGAUGUGGAGGCUUGCAUGUUGUGCCUUGCAGGAUGCAUUCUCUGCCACUCUGGAGCCAGUAAAGAACCUAUUGGGCUAUUUCCACAGUGGUUCUGAAAGCUUUAGUGGAGACGCCUGUGAAGUGAAGGUGGCAGCUCCCUCCCUCUCGCCGAGUGCUGAGGCUGAAUAUUGGAGAAUCAGAGCCAUGGCACAACAGGUCUUCAUGCUGGAGACUCAGUGCUCCCCAAAGACCCCUAGCAACAAGGAGGGGUUCGAACAUGCCCAGUCAUGUGUGCUCGUCAUUGACCUGCCACCAGAUAAGAAACCAAAUGGGCAUACCCAGAGAAGUAUUCCUUUUAGGACGAUAGUGGUGAGCUUGCUGUCACACCAAGUACUGCUCCAGAAUUUAUAUGACAUCCUACUGGAAGAAUUUGUUAAAGGCCCUUCUAACCUAGAGGAGAAAAUGACAAUACAAGUACCAGAAAACAAGUUGGCUGGUUUUCUCAGGUACAUCUCCAUGCAAAACUUGGCUGUCAUCUUUGACUUACUGCUGGACUCCUAUAGAACAGCCAGAGAGUUUGACACCAGGCCCGGGUUGAAGUGCUUGCUAAAAAAAGUGUCUGGCAUUAGUGGAGCUGCCAACCUGUAUCGCCAGUCAGCAAUGAGCUUCAAUAUUUACUUCCAUGCUUUGAUUUGUGCUAUCCUGACAAACCAGGAGAACAUCACUGCAGAGCAAGUGAAGAAGAUCCUCUUCGAGGACGAUGAGAGAAGCACUGACUCAUCACAACAGUGCUCUUCAGAAGAUGAAGAUAUUUUUGAAGAAACUGCCCAGGUCAGUCCUCCUCGGGGAAAAGAGAAGAGACAGUGGAGGGCUCGAAUACCAUCUCUGAGUGUACAGCCUGUCAGCAAUGCAGACUGGGGAUGGCUGAUCAAGCGGCUUCAUAAGCUCUGCAUGGAACUGUGCAACAACUAUAUCCAGAUGCACCUAGACCUGGAGAAUAACACAGAGGAGCCUCCAGUGUUCAAAGGCGACCCGUUCUUCAUUUUACCAUCCUUUCAUUCAGAAACCUCCACCCCAUCAACUGGAGGGCAGUCUGGGAAGGACACUCCAUCAGAAGAUGACCGGAGUCAAAUAAGGGACCAACUGGGAGACAGCCUAACACCACGAAGUGGAGAAAUGCUGCUACUACCCCCACUCUCAAGUCCUAAACCAGAGAAAAAAGAACAAAACAGGAAAAAAGAAUGGUGGGAGAGUGCUGGCAACAAGAUCUACACCAUAGCCACUGACAAAACCAUUUCUAAGUUCAUGACAGAGUACAAAAAAAGAAAGCAGCAGCAGCAGGCCAUGACAUCCUUCACCAAAGAGGUCAAAGUGGAAAAGAAAGGGGAGCUCCUGGGCUCCAGAGGGCAGGACUCACCCAUACUCCAGAGGCCACAACAUCUUAUAGACCAAGGUCAAAUGAGGCAUUCAUUCAGUGCUGGCCCAGAGAUUCUAAGACAAGAGAAGAGACCACGCUCAGGAUCCACAGUCAGCUCCCUGAAUAUAUCUGUCAGGGAUGCAGAGGCCCAGAUACAGGCAUGGACGAACAUGGUGCUGACAGUUCUCAACCAGAUUCAGGCUCUACCAGACCAAACUUUCACAGCACUCCAGCCAGCAGUGUUCCCAUGUAUCAGCCAGCUGACCUGCCAUGUGACUGAUAUCCGUGUUCGUCAGGCAGUACGGGAAUGGCUGGGAAGAGUGGGCCGUGUGUACGAUAUCAUCAUUUAAACUAGCUGUGCUCUGUUGCAAAGGGGAGAAGACAGCCAGGAUAUACAGCAAAGGGGUAUUUGGGGUUCAUUAACUGCCUAUUUGUUGGUGAUAAAUUAAGAAACAACGAGCUUGUUGAUAUAUUUCCCCUAUCCACUUGAGACUGUGUGUUCCUCACACAUACUCGCAGAGCAGGUGAAGCAUGAAUGUGUCUGGGGGUAUGGAAUGACCCCAGAAUCUGCCAGUAAAUCAGACUGGUAUCUAAAGUCAAAAUACAUUUCAGUAACCUUCAUUUAGAUUCAAAUUUACAGCAGCAGGAGUCACAUCAAACUCUAGGUAAACAUCCACACUUGUAAUUAGCUAUGAAUGGAACCAUCAAACCAGGCAAGCAAGACCUAUAUAACAAAACAUAAAUAAAAAGGUGGCACUUGUUCAGAGUAACUUUUUCCAUUCAGAAAUUGGCAUGAGAGGAAAGCCAAAUAAAGAUUAUUACAGUACUAUAUGCCUUGCUAACUGAAGAAAGUUGAAAUUUAUUUUGCUCUGAGAAGAGCCUUUGAAAUCUGGUGAUAUUCAAAGUAGCAAGUGAGUGAUUGUUAAAGUAUCCCAGGUCUUAAACUGGUGAACCAAGCACAGGCUAUUUGUCCUUUCAUUACCCUUUGAAGUAAUGCUUGGGGAAAAAAGGCACUGUCAACCUGCCUUCUCUACAGCAUCACUCUGGCUACUUCAGCUAUGACCACAGGUGGUCAUUUUUCCACAUAUAUAAUUUCUCCAAAAGGCUACAGGAAGUUUGUUUUGCUGAUUUCUCUGAAGCUAGAGGGGAAAACACACCACAGAGCAAAGCUACAGCCAGUCUACAUGCCAGUAUCCAGCACUUACAACGCAGUGAAGUGUUCCUCCAGUUCAAGCAACACUGCAGCUAAGCUGACUUUAGCAUCUAUUCUAACUACUGCAGUCAGGACCCUUACACUAAAUUUAGCCUAUCACUCUAUGUUGAAGUUCAUCAAGAUGGAAAAGAGCCUAAAAAGAAUAUAACUAACCUUUCUGCUUCUCUCCCCUUUCUCAUCUGCUGUAGUAAACAGGGAACAGAGUCUUAUGUAGGUACAUACUCCCUCUGUGCAGUGCUUCUAUAAGGACUACUACAAUCUGCCAAUAUUAUUAGCGGGGGAGAGGUGGAAGGAUUGACUACUGUACUGUCAAAUAUUCACACUGGACACAGUGAAGGGUUAUUUUUGCUUCACAAAUUAUGUGACAGGGACUUGUACUCCUAUACUACAUCAUUUGUUGAUUAGAUGUUUAAAUAAUUCAUCAGAACUAAUUUAAUCUUGGGUGAUCCCUUAAUGAUGUUCUUCCAAGACUUUUUAAAUGUUCAUACCAACUAAAUAUACAUCUUCGGUCCCUGCAUCCUCAAAAAACAUCAUCUUUUUACAUCAGUCCUGGACUUUGCUCAACUGUUUUUAGCAUCUUGAACCUGAAAAAAUAGAGGGUCAGUAAAAAAAAAAAAAAAAAAAAAGUGCUGAAUAGCCUUCACCCCAGCUGAUGCAUUUACUAAGAGUCUGUCACUGCCAUCCUGCCUUUGCCCUCCAUCACCCACUCCCCAUUUGCCAACUGCUAGAUUUUUGUGUGGGGCAUACUUUGUCCUAUACCAUUCUGCAGUGUCUGUCAUACUGUUUCUCUUACUAUCAGAACUCUACUUGUAGAAUUAUUCCAGGAACACCAAAAAUUCCAUUAAAGCAACUCCUUCUUACCAUACACACUGACUUGAUACAUAAGUAAUUUAAUAAUAGUAUCAAAUGUCAGUUUUCCCAACAGUUGGAAUACUUCCUUGGGGACAGGUGAGAUUAUAUUCUAAGCCCUUAGCAUAUAUUGUUAGACUUCUGUUGCCAUGUUUUUCUUACACAUCUUUAGGUUGAGUAAAAAAGGUGGCUAUAUAUUUUUUUUAUCUUUUUAUUUGGUAUCUAUACAGAACUGCUUUUAAGGCAGGAUGUUAAUUAGGCAACAGCCAGAAUGAGAAUAAACACCUGCAUGCAAGGACACUCAAAUGUGCUAUUUUUCAUUAUACAUCCAUUUCAGGGAUUGAGAUUUUCACUGUGCUUACCCAAAACUAAAGCAAAUCCUUAAUUUAUGUUGGAGAAGUAAAACAGAUAGCAGUACCAAGGGAGUCACUCAGGAUUCCAGAAUGGGGCCAGUUGUUUAGGAAACACCAUGGUUCCGUACUGUCUGUAAAUCAGAAAGAGAAGCUCUAGGAAUGAACAUGACUGCCCCCAGCCAAGCACCUGAACACAGCCCAGCCCAGCGUUACCUGCUUAGCAAGCUGCUCAACCAAAGCACUGCUGUACUGCAAUGCAUUUUAAACUUCUCCUUCCAAAUUAUACACUAAGUGCCCAUUGUCACCCUUAGUGCCUCUCUUUGCCCAUACCCCUCCCUUAGGAAACCAUAUGAGGACAUAAGUAACUGCAUCAUUCCAGAAAUAUCAUGUAAAAGGAUGGGAAGAGCACAAAGGAAUCUUUGUGGCAGCGGGCUUUAGGUGAGCAAUCUUUAGCAGGUGUUGCUCUUCCUUUUCCUUCUGUGCAAAAUGGUAAGCAGGUGAGGACAGCUUACCACCACUUCAGGAGCUAUUAGUCUGAGAGCAACAUGUGGAGUUGAUUCAUCAGGCUUUUUUUUUUUUUUGCUAGUUUAGCCAUAGACAUUAGCAAGCCCCAAAGUAGCAAAAUGCUGAGUGUGAAGUCACCAUUUUGUAGGCCUGUGUGCUUUGCUCCAUUCAUUCUUCGGACCACUUGGCCUAAAGCUGCCAGCUCAGUGCUUGCAGGCCUCACAAUGCAAGCUUCAUGCCCAGAGAAGGAACUUGCACAGAAUGGUCCCAGGGAAGAGUAUUGGCACUAGUCCCUAGCUCUGACCACUCCAACACAUCCAGCAGUGCAAAGCACCCCUCCAUGCAUCUCCCUCACAUAACAUAUUCCAAUUCUUAUAGCCUUGUAGCCCACUGUGCAAGGUAACAGCAGCAUAGAACCAACUACUGUUGAAUCAGAACAUUUAUCUCCUGGUUAACAUGCUUUCAUCAGGAUGUUAGGAUUUAAUUCUCUCCUAGAAUAGACAUUUAUCAUAGUUGAUUUCAUUCAGCAUCCAGACAAAAUUAUUAGGGAAAGGGUUACAUAGACCUGGGCAGAACUUUUUCUUGUAAAAUGCCAAACACAGCUUUUGUCUCAUCACAAAUAAAACAAUACACUACAUCUGGAAUAUAGCUGGCUUCUGUGGAGGACAAGCAGAGUUUUCACCCAUGGUUUGACCCAGCAAGGUACUUUGCCUUGAAUUUGAGCUUCAAGUUCUCUUUAACUUUACUGUAAAAUUCACCAAUGAGUUCUCAUUUGCCCAAGAGGUAAUUCCCCCCUCUGAAUACCCCAUGUUACCUUAUGUAAUCUCCAUUUGCUCUGAAUAUAGUGGUAUCUCAGUGCUGGUAUCUCCACUUCAGAACUCAGCGCAGGACCAGUAUGAAACUUGAGCGUCAAACAGGCUAACAAGUAGAGAGGUCCAGCUGUGUGUGCUGCCUGCAUUUGCCAUCUCCUGCUACAGCUUAGGCCCACUCUCAGACUGCCCAAGCCAUUGUUAUUAGUGGGAAUAUUUAUACUCUGGACUCAGUCCUUGAAUCCUUCAAUUCUUGCAUACAAGUCAAUAAGUUCUCAGGAAGGGGAAAGUCCUGUAUAGUUCUUGCUAUCUGUUGUGGCCCUUUAUACACCUCAUUCCUGGAAUUCCACAAAAAAAUAGCACGCAUUCCUGUGCAUCAAAGUGCUCCCAGACUAAAACUAGAACCUUCACUCUUGCACAGAUCCAGUUUUAAUGUGCAAGAAGCCAACCAUAGCAAGCCUUCAUUUCUAACCAGCUCUUGUAUGCAAGCUUAGUUGGAAACUGAGCGUACAGAAUUUAGCCAUUUUCACUUCUAGCAAUUAGAAAUGCUAUUUGUCAGUGAUAAAUUGUUUUUAAUUCAACCAAUUCUUCCCUUCCUGUAUCUUAUUUCUGUGAGGGUAUGAUAAGAUUAUGCUUAAGCAAGCAAUUUAAUCAAUAUUCUGAUUAUAAUCACUUCUGGGAAGAUCUGUUUAUAGUGGUAAGCAUGGCAUAUGAAAUUAGACAAAGAGAUCUCUUUUUCCUCAAUGUCUGAUAACUCCACAAUUCUUUAAAGAAAUGAUGCAAUACCAUCAAUUUAAAAAAUAUAUAUACCUUCUCCUUCAGUAUAAAAGGACCAACUUACCACAGCACAGAAGCACAAAUGUUGGAUUUUAUGCAAUGUAGAUAACAUCUGGCAGCUAUUGACCCCUCUUCUCUGAGUCUCCCCAUUUUGAGCAGAGCUUCUGUAGGGAUACAACAUAAAGGUCUAUCAGCAGCACUCACCAGCAACAUGCCUGGCUCUCCAGGAAGUUGUACAGUUGCAUGGAAGAAAUCUCACCUCCUCUUUGUUUUAUCUCCACUACUGCCCCUUUAUAUGUGAUGCUAACUACAGUUUCAUUUCAUACUAAACAGCUUUGGACAAACAUGACAGGCUGUCUAUUUAAAAAGAAAAUAACAAAGCAUCUAGCAUAAGUAUGCACUGUUCUUUUCACUUAAUGCUGAGAGGUCCAAGACAAGAACCAGAAGCAGAGAGCAGGGGAAAUGCCCUAAUUCUGACUAUGGAUAUCAGUGGAGCUACGCUGCAUGAUCCUGGAUUAAUGCAAUAAUGAGCUUGCCUGUGGGACCAGAUCCCUCAAAUCCUCUUUAUUUUUGGCAAAUUCACAAGCAAAGGUUUGCUUACUCACCCCUGCCACAGCAUUUCAGGGAACUGGGGUUAUGGAAGGCAUUCUUUGUUAACAAAAAGUGGCAGGAGGAUCUAUUUCAAUUCUUGCAACUCAACAUCCCACUUAUCAAAAAGUAGUUACGUACUUCCACCUAUGGAGCAUUAAGGACUUAUUCCUUAUUUUCUUUCCACACCUUCGCUUAGCGUAGUCUGUGGUGAAAUACCAUGCUUCCCCAGGAAGCAAAGGGAAGCAGGAGAGCUGCAGGGACAAAUACCACCUCCCCAGUCAGGCCAUGGCUGCUGAGCCCCCAGAUCUGUGGAAGAAAGCACGAUUUGAUACCAAAGUGAGAGCAGCCAGGAAGGGCCAAGCCAGGUGGUAGCAGAGCCCUGCGCUGCACAUCAUUUCAAGGAGCAGAUGGGAGCAAGAGGUGUCAAAGUAUGAAGUGACAGCAGGGAGCAACUUCAUUUAGUUCCCCUCACCUUCCCCUUCCCCACCUCCAUUUUUGUCAUUAUUUAUGAUACCGCGAAUUUACUCCAUGGGCCCUCUGACCAGAGCUGAAAACUGAUAGAAAGCCAAAGGGAGUAGACACUCCAUUUUGCCAAAGAUCUGAUUAUUCCUAUUCCAAAAUAAAAAGCAAAUUCUAUUUCCAUGAUGAUGGCUGCCAUAGAAAGCAUUUUAUUACAAGGCAUUAUUCCCAGGAUUUCAUCUCUAUAACUGUAUAUUCAGGAGGAGCCACUAAUGUUUUUAAAGAGAGACUAUAAGUGUCUAGAGUUCUUACACUGGAUUUACCUUCUACGGAGUUCAUACCAAGCUGCAGUUCCCCAGUUUGAUUCAUGUUUCCUCCCUCUACCUUUCUCCUAUUCUUUAGAAUAACACCUUCCUGUAUCUGCUGCGUUCUGUUGUACUGCUUUGUUUGGUUCUUCAGUGUCCAUUGGUCAGGAAGUCACUGUAAGCUGGCUUGCAAAUUGUAUUUUGUGUAUAUUUUGUUCAGACUGAAUUCUGAAAUGGAAAUAUUUUAAAACAAAAAAAUUAAAAACUAUUUAUGUUGCUUGUGUUGUAGAAUAAAGAAGCAAAUGCAAAA